CUUUCCAAGUUUCUGCUCCUCCUCCCUCCUUCGUACAAACUUUCCCGUCGCUCUUGCGCUCUUCCCGGCUCGCUCCACUCCGUGCGCGGCGGAUUCCGCAGCCCGCCAACCAACCGCGCCUCUCUCCUGCCUUGCGCCGUCUUCCUGCUCCUCUGUCACUCGUUCACCGAACCGAACCCCAGCUUCUGCCGGCUGCACCAGUGGGACCACCACCCUCCACCCUUCCCCCGGACGGAAUUGACAAGUUGCCAAUUGGGGCUCAGGGUCAGAGCCCAGAGCAGCCAUCACAAUAGCUUCCAACAGCUGGAACGCCAGCGGCAGCCCCGGGGAGGGGCGAGAAGAUGGACAGGAAGGGAUGGAUAAGAGUCUGGACAAUGAUGCAGAAGGAGUGUGGAGUCCAGACAUUGAACAGAGUUUCCAGGAGGCACUGGCGAUAUACCCGCCCUGUGGCCGGCGCAAGAUUAUCCUCUCGGAUGAGGGCAAGAUGUAUGGUCGCAAUGAAUUAAUAGCAAGGUACAUCAAGUUACGGACGGGGAAAACACGGACAAGAAAACAGGUGUCCAGCCAUAUACAGGUUCUAGCUCGGAAGAAGGUGCGAGAGUACCAGGUUGGCAUUAAGGUCUCUAGCCACUUGCAGGUUCUAGCCAGACGGAAAUCUCGCGAGAUUCAGUCCAAACUUAAGGCUAUGAACUUGGAUCAGGUCUCAAAAGACAAGGCUCUGCAGAGUAUGGCUUCCAUGUCAUCUGCACAGAUUGUCUCUGCCAGCGUCCUGCAGAACAAGCUCAGCCCCCCUCCACCACUCCCUCAGGCUGUCUUCUCUGCUCCUCCCAGGUUUUGGAGUGGGCCUAUCCCAGGACAGUCUGGACCUUCUCAGGACAUUAAACCUUUUACACAACCAGCCUACCCCAUCCAGCCACCCAUUCCUCCAUCACUAGCCAGCUAUGAGCCCCUGGCUCCUCUCCCACCUGCUGCCUCGGCUGUGCCAGUCUGGCAGGACCGUACGAUCGCCUCCACCAAGCUGCGGCUCCUUGAGUAUUCAGCAUUCAUGGAAGUGCAGCGGGACCCUGAAACGUAUAGCAAGCACCUCUUUGUGCAUAUUGGGCAGACGAAUCCCUCCUACAGUGACCCUCUGCUGGAAGCAGUGGACAUCCGUCAGAUUUAUGAUAAGUUUCCUGAGAAGAAAGGUGGCCUGAAGGAGCUCUACGAGAGAGGACCUCAGAACUCCUUUUUCCUAGUGAAGUUCUGGGCGGAUCUGAACAGCACCAUUCAGGAUGGUCCUGGUGCUUUCUAUGGUGUCAGCAGUCAGUAUAGCAGUGCAGAAAACAUGACCAUCACUGUCUCCACUAAGGUGUGCUCCUUUGGGAAGCAAGUAGUCGAGAAGGUGGAGACGGAGUAUGCACGGAUGGAAAAUGGGCGGUUUGUGUACCGGAUCCAUAGGUCCCCUAUGUGCGAGUAUAUGAUCAACUUCAUCCAUAAAUUGAAACACCUCCCAGAAAAAUACAUGAUGAACAGCGUCCUGGAGAAUUUCACCAUCCUGCAGGUGGUUACGAAUAGAGAUACCCAGGAAACCUUGCUCUGCAUAGCUUUUGUUUUUGAGGUCUCCACCAGCGAACACGGUGCCCAGCAUCAUGUAUACAAGUUGGUCAAAGACUAGAGGCCCUGCUAGGGUAACCAGGCAGUUCAAGAGAGGAGAGAAGUCUUGUCAAGAGAAGCCACCUGUACAGGAUGCCCUUUGCACAAGCCUUUUGAAAGCAAAAAUGACAAAAAAUGCCAAAAAGGACUGUUUCACAAUCACAGAUGUUUUCUACUUAGGAACAAUUUUUUAAAAAAAACGAACAGGAAAAAAUACAGGAAACCAUGAAGUCGAAGGAGUUAUAUCUGAAUGCAGCAGGGGCAGGACUGUCCCUGGGGGCUUAAGUCAUCAGUAUUUCAGGACCGGUUGUUGCUAAGGCCUGGUAUCUCUGGAGUCAUCUUCCAGCACACAGUACCACAACAGCAUCUGGGGGAAAUGGGACUGUCACCUUCUUCUUGAUACCUGAAGGUUCCUGUUUUGUUUUUCUUGCUGAGAUUUGGUUUUAUCAUCAAAGCCAAAUUAGCCUGUUGACUUUCAUCUGCAGAAAAGAGUUCAUGUGGAAAUACUGAGGAUGUCUGUUCUGAGAAAUUAGGAGAAGUCAGGUGCUGCCUUGCUUAUGCAACUGGUCUCCAUUCUGCUCUGGAAACUGACAAAGGCAAUGAAGGCUCUUCUUCAGUCUAUUGUCACAAAAUGUGUUCAGAGGCAGCACGAGGGACGGGCAAACUGCAUUUUGGGGUGGGACUUAACAUGAGGUUAAUUAUAAGAAAGUGAUUUGAUUCCCAUGGGUUUCUAGACAUUUUCUGUUGCAGGAUCAUACCUGCCGCCACCGCAUCUCCCAUUACAUUGUUUCUGAGGAAGGCACUGUAGUUAGUUCUUAUAAUGUCACAAACGUACACCCACGUCCCAGACAUUUGGAUCAUACAUGGGAAUGUGGCUGUAGAAUGAAUGAGUGUAUUUGUGUUAACCUCAAUGAGAAAAGGGGGCUCUUAAGUAUCUGUGAGAUCUAUAAAAGGUUUGAGUACGUUUUAGAAGAAAGGAAAGGAGGACAUAGCUGGAGAAAAGCAAGUCAGGAAGUAAUUGAUAAAACAGAAUGCAGGUUGAAGAUAAGCAAGCUGGUUCUAGUUGGGCUGUGAGGUGAAGUGGUGGUUUGUAGAAAUAUUUGGGCUGAUGAAGCUUGAAGUGGAAAUCCAUGGUUUUUUAACCAACUCUUGAAGCAUUUUAUGUCUGCCAUGUCAGAAAACAUAUGGGAAAAGUUUAGACCAAAGUUCUUGCUCUCUGGGCAUUGUUUUGGUGAGAGAUUUAUUUUUCCCUUCUGCUUCUCUGUUCAUUUGCAGUAGUUAACCAAGGCAGGAGGACAGGCUGUGAAUUGUCUUUCCCCUGGAUUCUGUAUUUCCCUGUUAGUAUAUCCUUGAAAAAGUGGCUACAACCAAAGCAAAAAAUCGAGUUAUCUGGAAGCCCAAAUCGAGUGAUGUGCUGGCAAGAUGGAGUGACAUACAGUUUGGGAAUUCUCCUUGUCAUUAGAAUGCUAUACUGUUUGCCAUACUGGGGAAAGUUUCUAUGGAAGGUUUCAGAAAGAAUGUGAGCCUCUGUUCCUUCAGCCUGGAAUAUAAUCUGAUGGACCCACAGUUAAAUUGGUGCUUUUAGGAAUCCUGUUACAUGAAUAGUGCCAAGACCUCAGUGCCCUCACUGCACAAGGCACAUCCAGGGCUCUGACCCAUAGGUUUUAGCUAUACUUUGUCUGUCUUAAAUGCUUAGCUUAUAGUUUUAAAUAAUAGAGGAACUAACAGAAUGUAUGGUUUGUACGUUUUUCUACCAUUGAACUUUUCUUAUCUUGUCCUUCAGCUUUUGCUCAGCUACAUUGCCUGUUUUUAAAAUUGGUUGAGUUGACUUGGGGUUUUUUCCCUCCGUACUCCCUCUUUUUUUAAAAAAAGCCUGGUAUAAUUGUAAACAGUUUGAUCAGACUAGCCUCCAUUCGACAUUCUGUGACAAACCCAGUGGCCUUCCCACGGAGGUUCCCCCAACAUGUCCUUGACAAAAGUGUAAGAAAGCCAUUGCUGCAGGAAGGAGGAAGGAGAGGAUGAUGGCCACAUCUAAGCAAGCAGUGACAAACCACCUCCAACCCUCUCUUGCUUUGAAAACCCUAUGGGGUUGCCGUAAGUCAGCUGCAAGUUGAGGGCAGAAGAAGAAGAAGAAGAGGGAAUGAGAAUGCUCAGGCCUAAGUCUGCCUGCUUCUGCACGUCCUAAUACCUGGAGGAUUGCCUAGUGGCAUCAGCAUGUGUGGAUUGCCACCUCCUCAGUGAGAGGGAGCUGGGAGUUCCAGAUUGUGUGGGAAUGAAAAGUCUGGCAAGAUGAGAACAGUGACACUGAAGAAGCAAAACAUUUGGUACAUGUCAUCAAAAAAUGCGGUUUGGAUAUAAGAGAAAUCCUCCCUUCAAAUGCUUUUAUUGCUCUGAAGAUUUUCUUUCCUUGUCUUCACUUGCCAUCGUCUGCCUUAGAAGGUAGGAGGUGGAGUCUUGAUGCCCGACUUUUCUGAGCUGACUUGGGCCUUGCAUUCAGUUUUGGCCUGCAUUGCCACUGCACUGCUGGGUUAGCACAUAUGUUUCAGCUACUUGGACGGUCAUCUUUGCCUGAAGGACCAGGAGCAAAGGCAUUGGUUGAUCCAGACUUUGAGUAGCAGACUUAGGCAGUUCCUACAAGUCUUUGGACUGUUGCUUCAUUACAAUAUCCAACCCGUUGUGCUAAGAAGCGACAUCCUGAGAAUGACUGACACAGUUGUCUCCCAACUUUUUUGAAGGACAUUUUUAAUUAAAUGUUUUUUUCUCUGAAGUGCUUUUAAUUGAUGCCACCCAAGGACUUCUUCCGGAAAACUCCACCAGGACACUGAAAUGAACACUCCUCUUUGUAUUAUAUCAGACCGUCUGAAAUUGUAAUCCUGUUGGGAACGGUACGUGGGGCUACUUUAAUUGUACAGCAAGUUAUGCACCGCUUAGGAAGAGUGCCUUGUUUGUAAUCUGUGCUGCACUGCUAGGGGAUGAGCAACAGGUGCUGGAUGUCCCAGGAAGCCCUUGUAGGCAGAAUUCAGAUGAGUAUCUCUUCUGCUCCCUGCCUCCAGUGUGCUGAUUCUGCCACACAGUCUGUAUGGGCAAAGUGGAUGGUCGCAUGCAUGAUUUUGCGUGAUUGCUCUGUGUAGCUGGUCUCUGAAGUGCCACAACAUUGUAGUUCCACUCAACACUCAGGUACGUGUGGGGAUCCCUUGUGCAGCGGUACAGCAUCCUAAGAAUCAGCUAACAGUCACAGUAAUAAAAAUGGGAGGAGACUUUUUUUUUCCGCACACACCAUUUAAAACGUUUUUAGGCAGAAAAUAAAACAUUUCCCCCAUAGAGUUCCACACUGUUUUUUCCCUCUUUGGUUCCAAAAGCUUUUCCAAGCAGUUUUUUCUUUGUUUUUUUUAAACCCCGUUAAAAUUAUUCUUUUGUCUGAAAUGUUUCUGAGCUGGCUUCCUUCUCAGUGCGGUCAUAUUGACAACAUUUAAUUUUUCCUGCUACCAUUUUCACGCCUCUGUACCGUUGCCCAACUUUCCCCUCAGCGCCAUUUUUUCACAUCCCUGACCUCAGUCCCUUCCCCUUUGCCUCUCAUUGUGGGGGGCUUUUUGUUGUUGUUGCUGUUUUGGGUGAAUCUACGAAGGCUUGUUUAAAUGGAGCCACAGAGCAUUGAAUCAGUGAAGCAAUGAAGCAUUGUUUCAGCAAAGAACCAAAAAAAUAAACCCCUCACAGCAGCCAUGAAACAUUUGGAGGGCAUGAGUGCAAACAAGCAUCAUGGUAAAGGGGGGGGGGGAUCAAAAACAUUCUGGAAACACAUGUGACUUGUGCGGAAAGGGCCAUAGUUAGAAAGAGGGUGAGGUGUUGAAUUCCUUUUCCAUUACAGCCAAGAUCUUUGCAUCUAUUCAUUUGCAAGGAGGAGAGGGCUGGUUAGUUUAUAUUUAGCAUGUUUAUUUUCAUUCCUAGGUUUUAAAACUCUGGGAAUUAAGGUUAAAACUUCCCUGUUUUCCUGAGCCCAUAUACACUAAAAAUAUCUCUUUUCUAGUAAACAUGCCCUUUAUAAGAGGAGCCACAUGCAUGCAUGCGUACCCCCACCACUGGGCAGAUUUAAGUGUACAAAUGGGGGAAAGUAAAGCAGGACUUUGGUCUUGCCUAUCCCCACAUUUAUUUUAUACGUAGAACAACUUCUUUGUAUUUUAUCCACAAUCAUUUUUUGAGAUUGGCAUAGGGACUUUGGCAUAUCCCCCAAUGAACUGGACUGUGUUACAUUUCUCUUUUUUUUUCACUCCUUCAGUGUCAUACAACUUUUAGUUUCUGUGUCACAUGCGUUUAAAUCCUACCCCAGCCUCCCUGCUGCAGAAUUCCUUCACCCAUUGGCCCCCAACUCGCAGCCACAAAUGUACACCCAAACCACUGCCCAUUUUAUUGUACUUCCCAAACAAAGAAUGCAGCAAGGCUCAGGAGAUGCCAGUGUGGAUCUCUACUAGCUGGACAUAAUACAGGUACUUUAAAAGUCACUAACCAAGUCCCCCCAUCCCCACAUCCCAUGUAUUUAUGAAUUUCACAUGAAGUACUGUUUUAUUUUUUUAAAGUCUUUGUAAAGCUUACCAGGGUUAUGGUCACCUUUUUAGAGCUCUGUCAGUCCACCGUGUAAAACCAUUUUGUAUGUAUUAUAUAUUUUGUGUAUUUUUUUUAAUCCAGCUGUGAUGGGUUGUAUCAUAUAAUGUGUUUACUGUGUGUCCAUCUUCAAAUAGAUGAGACAGUGGAACUCCUUAAAAAGUUAUGGUCUGCUGAAAACCAUUAAACACAUUUGUUCAUGGGUUGGCUCAAA